AUGUUCUCCACUUCAUCCUGGUCUUCUCCAGCCUGCGUUCCAGCUAUGGCCCAAGGGGUCUUCUUUGACCGAUGGAAGGAUUACCUCAACCUCUCCAAAGUGGUGAUGGAGAUCGUUGGGGAGCGGAAGAAGCCACAAAGGUCCUCCCCUCCUCGGAAAGACCCUUUGAGCGUCACCGUUCUGCAUUGGGUGAAUGGAGGCAACAAGAGUAAGAACCCCAGUCCCAAGACCCACGGCACCCGCAGAGACCAACCAAGCCAAGGCACCUGCAACUUUUGCAAGCACAACGGAGAGUCCAAAAAGGUGUAUUCUUCUCACACCUUGAAGAGGGCCGACGGGGUGGUAGUUUGCCCCAUUCUGCGCAAUUACACCUGCCCGCUUUGCGGGGCCACCGCCGACAAGGCCCACACGCUGAAAUACUGCCCCAACAAUAAGGCCAAGCAAUCUUUGUACCGCAGAAGUGGGCGCAACUCGGCCGGACGCAUGAUCAAGAGAUAA